AUGGCAGCCAUCCAACGCCCAGCUACUCCUUAUCCUCAUUUCGCCGAAAUAACCCACGCUUCCACUUCAUCAUACAGUCCUUCUCACUCCAUAAACUUCCCAAUGAAACCCGUUUACACCCCAACUCCCCCUUCCCUCCUCGCUCGAGCAGCUUCAGGCUCUUUACCACGUAUUCGAGCACCUCAUAGUCCCAACCCAUCUAAAAGUCGAAAGAUCGAAUUACCUUCUUCUUACCCAAACAGACCUUCGUUCAGUCCUAUAGGAAGACGUUCUACCAGUUCACAAUCAUCCAUUUAUUCAUAUACUUCUAUCUCUGCUCGAUCUUCCGUAUCUUCACAAUCAUCCCAAUCAUCUCAGUACCACGAAACAUCGGAAGUAUCUGAAAAACCGUUACCACUCACACCGAAGAUAACGAAUGACAUGGAGUAUUCGGUUCCGGAUGAAGCUUACCUACAACCCGCUUCGUAUCCCUCUCGACCGACUUUCAAGAGACGCGAUACGCCGAGACCUACGGCGAGAGCUGUGGAAACGAUGCAGGAGAAUGAGGAUGGGAAUGGGAUGAGAACAGAGAGGAAGUCGACUUUGACUAGCGUGGUGGAUGGUGGGAAAUGGGUUAUUUUGGGAUGA